GACUUUCUGUGUCUUUUCUCUCCGUCUCUGUAUAAAAAUAAUUUUAUGGCAUGUUCUCUCGUUAUAUAUUUGAGAUUUCCUCAAAUUUUUAGGAUUGAAACAGAAAAAACGGAGAUUAUGUUGUUGUAGAUCAUUAAUCCGUUGAUGAAAACUUUCAUUCAAAUCUUGUAGUUGUAGAUCAUUAAUCCUUUCAUUCAAAUAGAUUUUGUUUAGGUCCGGUGGAUGACAACCUCUUCGAGUGGGAAGCUGCAAUUAUGGGGCCAAAAUAUAGCCCUUACGGUGCAGGAACAUUCCGUGUUAGCAUGAAUUUUUCGCCACGGUUUCCAAUGAUAGCUCCAACUGUCAAAUUCAAAACCAAGAUUUUCCACCCUAAUGGUUCUGACAAAGGAGAUGUCAAAUUCAAAACCAAAAAUUUCCACCCCAAUGUUUCUGACAAAGGAGAUGUGUAUCUCUACAUGUUGGGCAAUGGAUGGGCUCCUGGUUUCACAAUUCCUGAUAUCCUAAUGACGCUCUGGGGAAUGCUCCUUACCCCAAGAUUGGACCUUCCUGAUAAGGUGAAUGAGGAUACUCUGGAGUAUGUCUCUAACAGGGAGAAGUUCAAUAGAAAAGCUGCUGAGUGGACGAUAUUAUAUGCUAGGAAAUAAGGAGUUCGUUUGUUUUAUGACCUCAAUGCUAUCUAUGUUGUAAUAAACUUUCAAACAUCAUAGAGAUGUUUGAAAAAUUUCUAUACUGCAUCGUACUUUUUUUAUUUAAUUAUGAAUGAAUCAAUUCUGUCGGGGCACUAUUAAUGUGGAUGGUGCUUCUAACUUGUUACUUGUAAUGCUGA